UAUUGACGUUUAGUUUUUAGGUUACAUAUUCCUCUAAUCAAACAGCUUCUAAUUAAUGCAUAAUUUCUUUUGAAAAUAAAGUUUUCUCAUUCCUAUAAAGAAAAUGGGAUCUGAACAUUCCACUUUAGGAGUCUCUUCUAAUAUUGCUCGCCAAGCAAGUUUAAACAGCGGUGCUUCUGGUAGAAGGAAUUCAAAUUUUAAAAGACAGCAUACGAUUGCUAACCCCGGUAAUAACAGUGAAGUGAUAGACAAUACUGAGAACAGACCUCGUUCUAUAUCUCCUGGUCCCAGUCUUUGUAGUGAUGUGGAUUUACCCUACAUAAGUUACACAGUUAAUCAACCAAUUGGAGAUUCACCUAAAUUUAUUAACAGACAACAGAUUACAAAACAAAAAAGUUUAGCUAGAAAAGUACAAACAAAAGCACCCUCCAAACCUGUACACAAUAUUGUGGUAGUGAAACCUGCAGCUCAAGCAGUAAAUAUUGAAAGGGACCCUGAAAUUAUGAGACUACAGAACAUUCCAAUGUUUUUGCCAAUUAUGAGAGGUACAUUGCACUUGCCUGCUGCAAGAGAUCCAGAAAUAUUUGAAAGAUUGGAUCCCACACCUUUUUAUAAAUUGUGUGUUAAAUAUGAAACACAUUUAAACAGUUGUGCCAAUUUGGUUGCAACAGAACAAAAUAGUUUAACUCAAAAAAUAAAAGAGAAUGACAUAGAAAUUACAAGGUUGGUGAAUGCUGCUACCGAUAAGCAGAAACGUUUUGCAAAAUAUGCAGAAAAAUUAUCAAAAGUACAUGAGUUAUCUCACCAGCUAAACAGAUGUCAUAAUUUACUCAAUCAAUUGCUCGAAUCUAUGGAAACUUUGAAUAAUUCACUAAGCAUUGAAGACAGACUUGAACCUUUUGUGUGGACCACAGGAUGAGAAUAAAGGUCCUUUUUAGUUCACAUUUCAAAUUGGGUUAGUUCUUACCUUUUAUCAGUCUUUAUAUAAGGUUGUAAUAGUUCUAUUUGUAUAUUUUUAAUCAUUUUAAAAUUCACUCUAGUCAAAAUGUAGUACAUAAUAAUAAUUAAAUGUUGUAAGACAAGAAAUAUUUAUUAAAU